AUGAGCCACGAUGAGGAGAUUGCGAGGAAGCUCUUCAUCGAGCUGAAUCGAGAGGCCAUUGGCAUCCCGGGGGAUGGUGGGCUUGUGAUCCUCAGCAGCGAUGAUGAGGAAGAGGCCGUCGAGGAGGAGGAGGUCAACGAGGAGGAGGAGGAGGAGGUGAAGCACAAGCCCAUAGGCGGCGGGUCAUCGUCAAGGAGCUAG